AUGGUCGUCGUCGGUGCCGGGCCGCGACCUGCUCCAUGUGGCGCGGAGGUUUUGUGCCAAACUUACGACGCUCUUCCGCACGCCCCACCCGUAAUUUCGCUCAAUGCGGUCUCCAAAUACUCCAAUACCGAUGUCAAGAUAUCCGGAUCACUGUACUUGACUUCGAAUAUCUACAGUCUCCUCCUCGUGAUCUUUGGGCGAGGCACAUCUGCCGCCGCAUUUUCCGCGACGCUGAUCCGGCCUGCCCCCCGCCAAUUCUCUUGUGCGGCAUUUCUCUGGGAGAAGGAAAUCCAUCAUGCUGCUAAAAGGGUCUUUUCUCGCGCUCGCGGUGUCUGCUUCGGUGGCGAGGGGGCACACGAUAUUCCAGGUGUGUCUGAAGUGGUGCAAGCGCUCGGGGGGCUGACAGGGUAUCUCCAGCAAGCAUAUGUGAACGGCGUCAGCCAGGGCCACCUUACGGGCAUCCGCGUGCCUGACUACGACGGACCAAUUACGGACGUCACUUCCAAUGAUAUCAUUUGCAACGGCGGAAUCAACCCGUACCACACGCCGCUCCCGUCGACCGUCAUCACGGUGCCCGCUGGGGCCCAAUUCACUGCUGAAUGGCACCAUUCGCUGGUCGGCCCUGACCCUAGCGACUCAGCAGACCCUGUUGACCCUACGCACCACGGACCGACGAUUACUUACCUUGCACAGAUCCCAAACGCACUUCAAAGCACCGUAACGGGCCUGAAGUGGUUCAAGAUCCAGGAGGACGGGCUGGUCGCAAGCAACCAGACGUGGGGCGUCGACCGCAUGAUCGCGAACAAGGGCAAGGUCACCUUCACGAUCCCGCCGUGCAUCCCCGCGGGGCAGUAUUUGCUGCGACAUGAAAUGAUAGCCCUGCACAGCGCCACUACGUAUCCCGGCGCGCAGUUCUAUAUGGAAUGUGCGCAACUUUCGAUCACGGGCGGCGGCAGCACGCAACCCGCAACAGUGUCCUUCCCCGGUGCAUACAAGGGUAGCGACCCCGGCAUCACCACCAACAUCUACUACCCGCUCCUUACCAAUUACACUGUCCCCGGCCCGCCGGUGUUCACCUGCCCCGGAGGAAGUGGCACAACUGUCAAGCCGUCGUCGACCGUGAAGCCCGCGAGCUCGUCCACGGUGAAGAGUAGCUCGGCAACAAAGAGCUCAAGCUCUGCUGCAACGACAACCGGCGCGACGGCGCCACACUACGGGCAGUGCGGUGGAUUUGCAUGGGCUGGCCCGACGGUUUGCGCGAGCCCGUACACAUGUACGUACGUCAACGUGGAUUACAGUCAGUGCUUGUAG